CAUCUCAUAUGGAGAAGACAAAGACAAUCUGCUUUAUAUAGCCAAGAAGAUUAAUAUCGAUGAAUUUGGACUCUAUGACGAAGGACUCUUCAGAGAAUCUUUACCACCGGAAGAUCAACUUUCGGGCAGAUCCGCUCUCGGCUCGGAUUUUGACUUUCUUGAACAGCUUACAAAAGCGAAAACUUUUAGCAAUCCCGAAAUUGUGGCAAAAUUGAAACCAUUUACCCUCGAAUGGUCCUACGGCAUGAAUUCCAAUGUAGGAAUUAGGUAUUUAACAAAUGAAGACAGAACCGAAUUAUUUUAUACAAGUUGUCAUACGGUCAUCAUAUACGAUUUUUAUUUGAAGCAAAUGACACAUUUGGAAGGACACGUUAGUUCUUUCGCAACUAAAUGUUAAUCAUUCAUUACAAUAUUGAAAUUCCAGCAAAGUGUUAUUAAGUGCAUAUCAACGGAUCGAAACGGUGAAUGGCUCGUGACUGCCGAUCAUAAUGGUUGCGUUAUUAUCUGGCACAAAAGAGAUCUCAAACCCGUUCGUACGUUGUUCUCGCUGUAUCCAGAAAGUGGUGUGCUUUUAACAGAACUUAGCUGCUGCGCGAGGUAUUUGAUUACUAUUGGUGAAUACGAUAAUUGUUACAAAGUCGAUUUUUGGUUGUGGACUCUUGGAGAAGACAAACCAAACGAUACAUUUGCGGUCAACAAAACGAACGGCGCCCCAAUGAAAAUAUGUUUCAACCCAGACGUCCGUGAGCAUAUCAUGUUGGUCUUCGAAAAACAAGUUCUUUUCCUAAUUUGGGAUGAAAUGCUUAAAAGAUUCGAAAAGUCAUACGCGCCGCAAAUAAUGAAUAAAGCGAAAAUCGGAACAUUAACUUGCGGCGUUUACAUGAGCCGGUGCCAUGAGAGUUAUGUUUCGAGCGGUCGCGGUUAUAUUCUCGUAUUCAGGACGACCCUGUACGGUAGGGAGUACGAAGAAGGCGAAAUUAAUAACGACAAAAUGUUUAUUAACGCUGUCAAAGUUACGACUGCACCUAUAGGUGUUUUAACAACGACUAACGGCGUGCUUGUAAUUGGCGAUUCCAGAGGACAUAUUUACUUUUUUGACAAGAAGGUGAAGAUUGUAUAUUGGAUGAGGAACUUUUGCCUGGGCCCUGUUACUGACAUAAGUUUUCCGUCAAAGAAAAAUAAGUACUUGGAGGAAGAAGUCAAAAAAAAACCAAUAGAUAAUAAUUACGCGACAGAUGUUAACUUUCAAGAUGCUCACGAGGACAUUGCAAAUUAUAUGGCCCGGGAAACACCACCAGAUAAAAACUUAGAAGGAGAAUUGGCGGGAAAAUUUUUCGUUUCAACUGCCGAUUGCAAUAUUUACGUCAUAGAUUUUGCCGAUGGUAAAUGUGACCCGAUUUUCCAUAUUGCCGAUGCUAACGUGACAGCUGUGGAUGCACACGAUGAGAAACCUUAUUUGGCAGUAGGUUAUGAAAACGGAAGAAUUUCGCUUAUUAAUUUCGAAAGUAAGGAACAAAUCAACACCGCAACAUUGCCGAAGACCGAUGAAAAUCCCUCUAUAUCUUGUAUUAAAUAUUCAUUAAAUUCAUUGCAUCUAAUAUGUGGACGGUAUAGUGGAGAAAUAUGCAUACUUGAACCUGUAACUCUUGAACAUAAGUUUUGCUUCAAGUGCACCAAGAGCAAAGUAGAAAAAAUCGCGUUUUCUCGCAAUUGCUUGCAGUUUGCUUGUUACGACUACAACAAAACCGUUGUAUUAUUUAGAUAUGAUCCAGACAGUAGCCGCUGGGAACUUCAAGGAAAGUUGAGGUCUCAUUAUGACUUGAUAAAUGAUUUAAUGUUCAUACCUAGUAAUGAUCAGGCCAAGUCGGUGCUAUGCACUAUAGGUUGUGAUAGGUAUUUGGUUCAAUAUAUCACGGACUUAAGAGAUGGACCUUUCCGAAUCAAAUCCAGGCAUAGGAUUGAACAGACGGCUGUGCCGAUGAAUUUUCUUUAUUUCGUUAAGGAUGUUGAUGAAAACAGAAGCGUUGGGUAUAUUUUGAUUGCUGAUGACAAGCACAAACUGAAAUUUUUACACGAAGCCACCAAGAUUCCUCGAGCUCUAAUAUUAGGUCCUGCAUUUGGGUGCUUCGAUGAAUCUCACAUCAGAAAAAUGGAGAUAUUACCCCAUCACAGUUCCAGAUAUAUGAUUUUCGUUUGUCAAAAAAGACUAGGCCUGCAAAUUUUACCGCCCGACGGUAACCCGUUUAAGUACACGGGCUAUUUGGCUCAGCCAAAUGAGGUUAAAGAUUUCACUAUUUCGCACGAUGGCCGCUCAGUGUUCACAUUCGGAGGCGAUGACAGAUGUAUACUUCAAUGGGAGGUGAAACCCAGAUCUGUCGAAGUGCUGAGGGUUAUGGGCGGAACGGAACUCGAGCCGUUCUACUGUCUCCUCGAGGGUGGAAAAAACGGGUGGUUGUUCCAGGAGAUGCAGGAUUUGUUCUUCUAUAUGCAGAUCUUGCAACAGGACAAUAUCGAUCUGCCCAGGCGAAUGUCGGACAGUCUUAAUAUAUCCGAACUGCCUGAUCUUGUGCGAACUUGCGGGUACUAUCCGAGCGAUUUUGAGUUGGAACUGUUAUUACUCGAGGCAAAAUAUCAGGACUUCGACGAAACAGGUGUAAUCAGAGAUGAAAUUUCGUUUGUCGAAUUUGCUAAAUUGUUUGCAAACCAUCGGCCCGCGUACGGUUACUCCUCGACACAUAUGCGAGAAAUAUUUGAUGUUAUUGCAGGCAUGGCCGAAUUUCCACAGUCCGGAAAAAUCGAGACUAGUGAAUUUUUAUAUUUACUGCAAAGCGUAGGAGAGCCUUGCAUCAAUCUCCACAAACACUUAGCAACCCUGUUGAGAACCGGUGCUGUUUAUGAAGAAAAUAAUUAUGAAUUUCUACCAGAAGAAAUAGACGCCAAGUUCUUAUUCGAUGAAAUGCUCGGCAUUUGCAAAUCGAGCUCACCGAGGCAAGUCGAGGAUGAAGAUGAGCAAUGAAAGCAUCUGUGAAUAUGUAUUUUUUAUUAAAACCUUUAACCA